CAGACCUCAGGUCAGUCAUUAGCAGCUGCAAAAGAAAGCAAGCAACGCAGCAAGAGAGCAAGGAGCAGCGCCGUGCUGUCGGAUCAGCACCGAGGUCCCCAUUGCAGCACUGACUCAGGGGAGCGUGGCACUGCCAUGCAGUGAGGGCACCCCACGCCCUGCAGUGCCCAUAGACCCACCGCUGUGCCCGCACCUCUCUGCUCGUGGGCUGCAGCAGAGGCAGACAUCCCUCCUGGCCACGUCCCGCCGGGCACGAGCAGCACGGGGCCAACGUGGGAAAAGCAACAAUGGCCCCAAGUCCCAGCAGGGCUGCUCUGUGAUGACUGCGCGCUUCAGCUGCCGAGCAGCUGCUGUUUGCUGCCCAAGGUUCAUUGUUGCUGCUCUGCCCAGCGGGAUGAUCCCUCCUCCCUCCGCCCGCAGCAGUGGCUCUAGUCUGGCCCCCCCCUCAGCACCCUUCCACCCCUCCCACCCCACUGCUGUCCCUCACCCCACUGCCGCCCAUUGUCCCCGCACGGCUCGGCCGCUGCUUUCUGAAGCAGAGCUGUAAUGGGGAAGGGUCCCCGUGGGGUUGGGGGUCUCGUUCCUCCCGGCUCCCGGGAUUAGAUGGACACGCACACAAAGGCAGUGGAACAAUGAGGGAGAGAAAAUGGCUCCCCAAAAGGAGCCCGGCGGCAGCUGUCACAUUAACUCUUUGCAGAGGGAAGAGCUGUGUCAGAGCAGGGCUACCCUCAGCCACUGUCCUCUACAACCCCCACCUAACAUCACCAGGCCUGGAGGAAAAUGGUGGUUUCAAGACAAAGAAGCAAAGGAGCAUUUUGCCCGCUUCCCUUCCAGGAGCACUGCAAAUGAGGCAAGAAUCCAUUUACCUGUCUCGAGCCCUAUUCCUGAUGAGGACUCUGAAAAACAACACGAACAAGCGGUGCAUCCAUCAGUAUGGGUGCUGGUGCUCAGUGCGGGGCUGCGGGCAUCGAAGCGGGGGGGGUCCCAGGGCUGCACCCCAUGCCCCCCCAACCCUGGGCCUGGAGAAGGGCCACGUUCCCAUUAGGAAACAGCGGAGGGAAAGGGAAGGGCAGCGUUACCUGACUUCCAGGUGGCAGCCGGCUCGGGGACCGUGGGCUGCGUGCUCUCUUGGCCGCCGUACAGCUCCUUUGUGCUGGAGCUUUCCAGAGAGAUUCCCUGUGCAAGAUAUUGCCAUGCAAACUCCUCCCCCGCAGCCCCUGCCGGCCCCGCAGCCCUACCUACGUGCAGGAGGAUGCUGCAGAGCCCAUGAAAUGUUAAUGUUGGAGAUGCGGCCCGGGCAACAUCUCUCCCUCCCCCCCUCCCCGUGGCCCCGAGUGAUGGGUGGGGGUUGGGGCAGGAGGGGGCUGAAGCUGCUGCUUGGGGAGAGCCUAACAGCCGUGGGUGCUGCAGUGCUGGGGUGUCACCGUUUUUUUUUCUCCCCAUCACAUUGCCAGCUUCGGCUCACUGCUGUUUCCCCACAAGCCAAAGAAGAUGGUGUCUCAGCAGCCCCCGCCAGCAACCUGCUUCCCCCAUCUCCUGCAGCACCGUGCAGGGCCAGGAGGAGAAGCCCUGCCCUGGGGCUCCUCCCUGGGCACUGCCAUGCUGCAGGGCUGCACGCUGCUACUGGGUGCAUGGCUGCAGGGGUGGUGCAUGAAUGCAGAGGAGUGUGUACGUGCACAUGCAUGAGUGCAUAGGGUUUUGCCACGGGUAUGGGGGUGCAUACACGGGUGUGGGGGUGCAUACAUGAGUGCACAGGUGUGUGCUCAGGUGUGUGCAUGGAUGUUUGCAUGCGUGCAAAGGUAUGGAGGAAUGUGCGCAUGGGUGCAGAGGUGUGCAUAGGUGUGGGGAUGGGUGCACAGCAUGCAGCUGUGGCCUGCCAGACCUUGCAGCUCCUAAUUCCUCCUGUGCAGGGCUCAGGCAGCACGGUAUCCUCUCCUGUCUGGUUGGAGCCACAGUGCUGGUUCAGGUCUCCUGGCAGUGGUGGGGACACGGGCACCCCCGAGGCACCCCAUUGCCGCUCCCAGCCCGCACACCCCUCCAAGCGCAAACACACCAUGUUGGACAACGGAGCUUUUAUUGAACUUUGCCACCGUCGCAGCAUGGUCUGGGGGGUGCCUGCAAGUGCAGGGCUGGCAGUCACUGCUGGACCCUGCGGAUGGACUGCACCUGGCCCGUCUGAGCAUGGGAGCCCCACUCCCGAACGUGCUUAUACUCUCCGGCGUGGCUGUCGCUCUCCAGGAGGUACUGGAAGCCCCGGUACCCGGGGUAUUGUGAGCAGACCCACCUGGCCAUGAAUGGAGCAGAAGGAGCAGCGUCUCAGGGCGGUGACACUGCCAGAGGUCCCCGCAGAGUGCCACCAGCCCUGCCUCACUACUCACGCGCCGGAGCACACGAGGAAGGAGCCCACGGCACUGCCGCCCCAGCCCAGCGCGGGCAGUGAGGGGCAGUCGUCGCUCAGCUCCCCCCUCCUGCCCUGGAAGUUCUCCUGCUCGAACAGCAGCAGCUGGCUGCGCCUGUGCUCCUGCACCGAGAUGCACCGCGUUGGCACGGCUGCGCAUCACCACGGAUGGGGACAGCACGGGGUCCGGGCACGUCACCGCACCGGGUGUUACUCACAGCACAGGUGAUGGGGCGGAAGGAGCUCAUCCUGUCCACGUGGUAGGCGUUGCUGCCACUCCACGCCUCCCAGCACGGAUACUCACCACGCUCCAACACGAACUGCUGCCCCUGGAAGCCGCAGUGCUCGAAGCCCACCCAGCUGCGGGAACCAGGGGUGAGCAUCUUGGGGACCCCCGGCCCCGCAGGACCCCCUGGCCCCACACUCACGCCCCACUCUCGAUCCUGAAGGAGCGCACGGUGCUGAAGCCGCGCUCCGGCGUGCUGUAGCAGUCGGUGGUGAAUUCGUGCCGCUUGCCCUGGAAGAAGGGCUCAUCCCACACCACGAUCUGGGGAGCAGGGAUGGAUCAGGGCUCUGUGGGUGCCCUGCUGCCAGCUGUCCGUGGGGCCAGGGCUGCGCUCCCAGCCUUCCUUCUCUUCCUGCACCUUCCAGAGGCCGGAGGACGGCCUGCGGCGCUGGAUCAUCACGGCUCUGCGGAGGAGGACAGGAGGACAGGAGCUGUGCCCUGGUGGACAGGGGAAGGCUGGGGGUCCUCACUGCUCUCCCUCUGUGCUUACUGGGGACGAGUGCUGCGCCCGGAGGUGGCGUGGCCAGCAGCUCUCAGGCAGAGCUUUUAUAGCCUCCAGAUAGAGACAGGGCAGGAGAGCAUUACGGAAAGCCCUAACUCAGCACACGGCAGGAGGAGGGACUGGCAGAACAAAGGCAGCGCUGAGGGGGAGCACUGAGCUCGGGGACACCACAGUUCUGCUCCCAGCCCACCAGGCACGGGCUUUGACAUGACCCAGGGUCUGUGCAUGUCCCUCAGCCAUGCCCUCCGCCUGCCCCAGGCACAGAGCACAGAGCAGGGAACAAUAGCAUGGCAAAGCCAGGGGCCAAUUUGCAAAGGCAUUAGAGGGGCCUAGUGGUGCAGAUGAAGAUUUAUGGAUCCUAUCUCUGUGCUCAGGGACCUGGGAAGAGCCCACAGAAUCCACACUGUACCUUAAUACCUUCUGCUUUUGCUCAUAGUGACCCCCCCUACUGCAUCAUCCCGGGGCAGCAGUGGGGACAGAACACCCCCAUAGCUGCAGGAGCACCCCUAUGGCUGCAAGCUGGGAUGGAAACCAGGAGCAGGACGAGAGGAGUUGGAUCUGCAGGGUGGCAGAGGCUGGAUAUCAGCACUCAGGAGCCACCAGCACAGCAGCGUGGUUAAGAAAACACCUGGCUCUAAGAGGAAGAAAUGCAGCUUAAAAUAGAAAGGUGUCUAACAACCACGAAAAUGAAUGCAAAUUGAAAGCCAAGAGUCAUGAAAACUGUCCACUGCGGCGGUAAGGAAGCGGACCCUGGGGAGCACUCAGAGCAGCAGCUGUGCAGCACAGCCGGCAGUGCCACAGGGGACGGAGCGGUCGAUAAAGAGAUGGGAAGAGAAGAAGAGAUGGACGAGUGCUUUUUGUUUGGUAUUUUGGGAAACGUCCCAGGUGGCGCGGCUGAAAUUGCACCGCUACGAAUGAACACUUUGCCCUCAAAGGGAACGAAAGCAGCAGCUUCUGAAGGAGGGCUGUGGGCUCACCGAAAGUACAGCUAUGGGUGAUUUAUUUUGUCCGUGCUGGAAAGCCCGUAUUGAUGCUGCUGAGGGUUUGAUGGGACUGCAGGCUCCCAGCAGGCACGGGGAGAGCGGCUGCUGCCAGGAUGCCCCCAGGUGCCCCCCCCCCUCCGCCCCCUCUGCCCGCCUCCCAGCAGCUGACACAGCACUGCUGCACCGAGGUGGGAUUUGCUCCCAUGCAGCACAUUGAUAGGAGAACAAGGAAUGGUACAAAUGAGCAUAGCACGUGUUCAAUGUGCUGAAAACUGGCUGUCGAGUGGGGAUGGACGCAGUGGGCACAGGGAGCAGGGAUGGCUGCCAGCUGUGGCAUCCUUAGAGGAGAACGCUGUUUUUAUGGACGAAGACGCUGCAGAAAAUUCCUGCUUUGACCACUCAUCACUUGUGGAAAAAACAAAAGCAGUGCUCAAAGCAUUUCACCAUCUUGCGUUCUUUCUCACAGUCUUGCAUUCUCGCAAUGUAGCUGUGGGUGCCCCAUCUCUGGAGGUGCCCAAGGCCAUGGAUGGGGUCCUGGGCAGCCUGAGCUGGUGGGGGGAAUCCAGUCCAUGGCAGGGAGUAAGACCAGGUGACAUUUAUGGUCCUCUACAACCUAAGCCACGCUGUGAUUCUAUGACUUUCAUCCCGCUCGGGUCUGUGAAGGUAUGGAGGGAUGUUUAAAGCAGGACAGGUAGUGCUCAGGGAGAAAAUGAGGAAGCAGAUGGUCAGGCUGCUCAGCGCACAGCUGGGUAUGCCCAAGGUGCGGGACAGAAACCUGCAGGGCCAGAGAGAUGGGGCUGGGAGCCCUGCCUGGUCCCAUGGGGCUGGGUUUGGGGCAGCUACGGGGCUGGUGUACCAUGCCCAGCAGCAGCAGGAGUGCUGGAUCCAGGUGCUGGUGGGCUCUGGGGGUAUAUAUGCCCUGUGCGGGGCCGCGGUGUCGGCGUGCGGCAAAGUGGCGCGGUCAGGUCUUCUGUUGUGCCGCUGGAUAAAGGAAAGUGCUGGGUUCAGCGGCUGGGCACAGGGCCGGGGAGAGGCUUCCAGCUCGCCCAGCGCUUUGCAGGAUGUGAUGACUGGGCGGCCGCACAGACACUGAUGAGCUGGCACUUCCAUUGUGUGCCCGCCCGCGCUCUGCCCUUGCCAGGCUAUAAAGUGGGGGCCCCGCUGCACCCCGAAACACAAGCCUGCUCCCUCCAACAAGAAGCAGCAGCUGCCCAGACCCGAGCUGACCACCGCGAUGUCUGAGACCACAAAAACCGCUGCUCCCGGCCAGGCUGCAGAGGACAAGGAGAAGGCGGCCCCGGCGCCAGCUCCAUCCUCCGACCCCACUCCUGUCACCAACAGCAAAGGGGAAGAGCCCUCCACGGAAGCUUUCAGGAUUGUCAUCUUCGAGCAGGAGAAUUUCCAGGGCAGGCAAAUGGAGUUCACCAGCGAGUGCCUGAACCUGGCAGACUGCGGGUUCGACAGAGUGCGCAGUGUCAUCGUCAGCUCUGGACCCUGGGUGGCCUACGAACAAGCCAACAUGCGUGGGGAGAUGUUCAUCCUGGAGAAGGGCGAGUACCCGCGCUGGGACACCUGGUCCAGCAGCUACCGCAGCGACUGCUUCAUGUCCAUGCGUCCCAUCCGAAUGGUGAGUGCUCGGCACACCGCGCCCUGCGGGCACCGUCCACCCAUCCCAACUGUCCCCCCUCCCCCUCCUCCCCCCCAGGAGGCCGAGGACCACAAGAUCUCCCUGUACGAGUCUGCUGACUUCAAGGGCAACAAGAUGGACAUCCAGGAGGACGACGUGCCCAGCCUCUGGGCUUACGGCUUCUGCGACCGCGUGGGCAGCGUGAAGGUGCCCAGCGGAACCUGGGUUGGGUAUCAGUACCCCGGGUACCGCGGCUACCAGUACCUCUUUGAGACCGGGGACUUCAGGCACUGGAACGAGUGGUGCGCCUUCCAGCCCCAGAUCCAGUCCAUCCGUCGCAUCCGGGACAUGCAGUGGGACCAGAAGGGCACCUUCGUCACCCCCGAGGCGCCCUCCAACUGAGCGCGGCCCCGCGCCACCCCCGCGCUCCCCCUGCACUAUCCGUGUCUACCGACCGCGCCACUGCCGCCGCCGCGUGUACCCGACGUUGUGAGGCAAAUUAAAAAAGUCAGACGAUG